AUGGCGGCCUGGGGGGGCUUCUUCUUUUCUCUGUUGAAUUACAAGACGGAGAAAUUUGUCAUCGCGGAAAACCGAAGAAUCGGGAUCCUCUUCAGGCUGUACCAGCUGGCGGUUCUGGGCUACCUAAUCGGGUGGGUCUUUGUGGUGAAGAAGGGCUACCAGGAGAAGGAGGAGGCCAUCCAGAGCUCCGUCAUCACCAAACUGAAGGGCGUCUCCCUCACCAACAGCUCGGAGACUGGGCUUCACCUGUGGGGGGCCGAGGACUACGUCAUCCCCCCAAAUGGUGAACAGGUGUUUUUCAUUGUUACUAACUAUGUCGAGACUCCAAACCAGAGACUGGGGUUCUGCGCUGAGAGCUUCAAGGUGCCGGAUGGACGGUGUCUCUCAGAUGAGGACUGUGUGCAGGGGGAGACGGUGAUAGCCGGCCACGGAAUCAAGACUGGACUGUGUGUGAACAGCACCAGGACAUGCGAGAUCCACGGCUGGUGUCCCGUCGAAUACAACCGGAGACCUUCAGAGCCCUUACUGAGUGAGGCAGAAAACUUCACGAUCUACAUCAAGAACUUCGUCAGGUUUCCCAAAUUCGAUUUCUCCAAGUCAAAUGUCCUUGACACCGCUAACGACUCCUACUUGAAAAGAUGCUCCUAUGAGAAAGAGAACCACCCUUACUGUCCCAUCUUCCGGCUGGGAGACCUGGUCAGCUGGACUGGGAACGACUUCCAGGACAUGGCUGUUAAGGGGGGUUCAGUCGGCAUCCUUAUCGAGUGGAAGUGUGAUUUGGAUAAGGACUAUUCCAAGUGUAAUCCACAGUAUAGCUUUACACGGCUGGACAUGAACUUGAACAACUCCGUCACAUCAGGAUACAACUUCAGGUAUACAAGAUAUUAUAAAGAUGAGACUGGUGAAAGCUAUCGCACGUUGUAUAAAGUGUACGGGAUUCGCUUUGACAUCAUGAUCAACGGCCAGGCUGGAAAAUUCAAUAUCGUCCCCACCAUAAUCGCUAUAGGAUCCGGUGUUGCUCUGAUGGGCGCCGGAGCCUUUGCUUGUGACAUGAUCUUGCUCUACAUGAUGAACACGAGCUCCUUCUACCGGGAGAGGAAAUUUGAAAUCAUCAACUUCAAGAAAGAGAAGUCUAAACACAAGGACGGGAAGGCGGGGCACCGAGACAGAAAAGCCAGGAGGCAGGAGAAGGAGGAAGGAGAACCCAACUCAGUGAAGGAGGAAGAGGAGGUGACUGCCCUCGCCAAGGUUUCUCCCAACUCAGUGGAGAGCCCGUGUGCUGCGGAGAAACGGGGGCCCACCAUCCCGCGCAACACCGGCCAGAGAUACUCGGCCCUUCUCUCCCCCAAGGGUGGAGAAGCAAGGCACCACAUAACCUUCUCCUCACACUGCUGAGUCUCAGAGGUAGCAGGAGACUAGCGCAGUGGUCUACACAGUGGGUCACAGGAGGCACCGGGCCAUCUCUCCUCACUACCAACGCUGUUGGCACCACUAACCCGAGUCACGCUCGCCUCGCCCCCCGACUAGGAUGUCAAGCGAGGGACAUCUCAAAGUACCAUGUUUCAUAUUUCAACACGUUCUGAGACCGAACCCUUGAUUUGGACCGAAACAACGACUGUGUGUAUCAACGGCUUGCUUUAUCUAAAGGUGGGCCGAGUUUUAACUAAGGGGUUAAAAUGGGCUCUUAAAAUGUUUUAACGCUCCGUUACCAAAACCCUUCCAUGGAAGCCAAGUAUAACAAGUCUGGCAAAACAUGUUUAGGCUAGUGACUUUGUGGAAA